CCACCAUUUUCAGAGCACCGCCUUUUAGCCCUGGAAAUUAUAAUCAACUUUUCUCUUCGAGAAUGGGAGCAAGAGAGAUUCAAAAUCGGCGAUGAAGGACGCGCUUCAAUGGAUAUGGAAGCAACCGGCGAUGGUGAAGAUCUUGCUUGCAGUGGUGGCGUUGGUGUUAUCUUUCGCGGUAUUGAAGCUCACGGUGAAAAAUCAUAAUCACUUCUUUGUUGCCUCCGAGUUCAUCCAUGUGGCUGGGAUUGUUGCUUUGAUUUACAAGCUUACCACCAAGAAGACAUGUUCUGGGCUUUCGUUGAAGACUCAACAACUCACAGCCAUGUUUUUAGCGGCAAGAAUAGUGUGCAGCUUCAUGUUGGAAGGUGACAUCCAUACAUUGCUGGAUCUCGCCACAUUUGUUUUCACCGCAUGGGUUAUGUACAUGAUUCGAUUCAAGUUGAAGUCCUCCUACAUCAAGGAGCUUGAUAAUUUCCCCAUCUACUAUUUGUUGGUGCCAUGUGCCGUACUUGCCGUGUUAAUCCACCCAUUUGGUACAUCCACAUACAUCAGUCAAGUUCUCUGGGCCUUUUGUGUUUAUCUGGAAUCAGUUUCAGUGGUGCCACAGCUUCGUAUGAUGAAGAAUGCAAAGAUGAUCGAACCAUUCACGGCCCAUUAUGUAUUUGCACUUGGUGUCGCCAGAUUCCUCUCCUGCGCUCAUUGGAUCGUCCAGGUUUAUGAGACAGGAGGGAGUUAUCUGUUCUUGCUUGGAUAUGGUUAUCUGUGGUUCCCGAUGGUUAUCCUUGCUGAAAUUGUUCAAACAUUCAUCUUGGUUGACUUUUGUUAUUAUUAUAUUAAGAGCUUUAUGCAGGGCCAACUAGUAAUGAGGAUGCCAGUUUAGAGAUUUUUAUGAAAUUAAUGUUAGGCAAGUUCAUCUGUUUUGAAGUUUGAUUCGAAAAGCUAUAACAUGCCUUUUUGCGGUACAAUUUUCUGGAAUCUCUUUGGAAGUGAUUUUGAU